CCAGCCUCCAUCACAAUCCUGAAUGCUCUGAGCGGAAACAAAAUCACACACCUUUGCGAAUUCGAGUUGAGAAGUUGGCUCCUGCAGGGGAAAACGGUUGGGGACUUGCGGGAGCUCGUUUUGCAAUCCGACAAGGAGCGCUGGGGAAGUAGGAGAAGUCGCGUGUCGCUGGUCGUCGACAACAAAAGGAAUGAAGAACGUUACCAGCAGCCCGAUGUUGCUUCCUCGUCACAUAUGACAUUUCUCACCGACGAUCGUCUUAAACUUGAGGACCUGGGGCUUUGGCUACAGGCCCACCUUGACACGGAACUGGAACGAGUACAACGG